CCAAAUUAGUAAGUGAGAACCACUACCAUUAACUUUGGCAGUUGUGCCAAGAAGAAAAAACUACGAAUCGCUUAUGAGAUUUUCUGAAAACAAUUUCUAUAUUUCAGAACAUUACUUACCAGAAAAUUUGAAUCCUUCCACUCUUUUUUUUUUUUUUUUUUUGCUUUGAAUAUAAAAAACCUUCUAUCAAACCUCUAAACCCAUAACCCCCAAAUUUGAUCGCUUUUCCUAUUUUCAACUACAUGUUUGAAAUCUUGAAAAGCUGAAUCGUGAUCUACUCCGAAAUUGGGUAAGUACUUGACAGUCUUCAACUUUUUUUUUUUUUUAGCUGUUGUUAAAUUGUUUUUACAUAUUUAUAUGGCUUUAGAGUUUGAUAUAUAAAUGAUUUGGGAGGGUUGACAGCAACCAACUUCGAAAAUUUUCAAAUUUUUUCUUCUGCUAUUUAGUGUGGUUUAUAAACGGUUCUCCUGUCGAAAUGCUUUUGUUUUCUCCAAUCCACCCUUUUAUUUUUGUUUGCCGCUGACUGGUUUGCAAAGAACAGUUUAUCUUUGGCUGGUGAUUUGCUGGUGUAUGAACAGCCACCUUGGGGAGUGCUGCCGCUGUUGCUUGCUGAUAGUGUGGGCGUUGCUUUCUCCCGGCUUGUGCUUUAUUUCCCUUUAAUUUACCCAAAAAAAAUAGCCACACCAUUUAAAUAAGAAAAUCCAUGUCAUAUUUUUCUUUUUAACGGGAGAAACUAACACCGUUAACAAUUGUCCUUAUUUGCAACUUUUUAUUAGUACAGGGAUUAAAUCGAUUUAUUCCAUAAUAGAGGGACUAAUUCGAUCCAGUUGCAAUAACACAGGAACUUGCCAAUUACAUUUACCCUUAAAUAUAGAUUAUAUUAAUCCAACGGUGAGUUUUGCUUGUUUUCCUAUUGUUAUAUCUGGGUAAAAGCCAGGAUCGGCGCAAAUCUCUGUUUCUCCUCACCGCAGCCUCAUCCCAACUCUAGGAUUUAUCAGCCUCAGCUCAUCUCUAACUGCAGUUUUAAUGCUGCUAAUUGAUCAAAGCUAAAGUCAUUUGACAUACAAAAAUAUCAAUUAGUUGAAGAAACCUAUUUAUAGAUGAAUCUUUUCAAGAAGCUUUUGCCCACCAAAAAUGGGAUUGUUGGUUCCCAAAAGUAUUGUAGAGCAACCUUCUGUUCGAUCCCGCAUUCAGCCGUGGAUCACUCGGUCGAAGUUCAUUCUUCAGACCAGGAAGUGGUGAUUGCUUUAGGAAGCAAUGUUGGUGACAGACUUAAUAAUUUCAAUCAAGCCUUGCAGUUAAUGAGGAAAUCGGGUAUCCAUAUUACAAAACAUGGUUGCUUAUAUGAGACAGCUCCGGCCUAUGUCACCGAUCAGCCUCGAUUUCUGAACUCUGCAGUUAGAGCUGUUACAAAGCUGGGGCCACAUGAACUUCUGGGUGUGCUUAAGACAAUUGAACGCAACAUGGGUCGUAGUGGUGGAAUAAGGUAUGGUCCAAGGCCAAUUGAUCUGGAUAUCUUGUUUUAUGGAAAAUACCAGAUUGGUUCCGAUAUACUUACCGUCCCCCAUGAGAGAAUUUGGGAGCGACCUUUCGUGAUGGCGCCAUUAAUGGAUUUACUAGGAUCGGUUAUUGACAGUGAUACCGUUGCUUGCUGGCAUUCUUUGUCAACAGAUUCAGACGGACUAUUUGGUUUGUGGGAGAAAUUGGGUGGUGAAUCCCUCAUCGGAAAGGAAGGGAUGAAAAGGGUUUUACCAAUUCGGAAUCACUUAUGGGAGUGGUCAAAGAAAACCUCAGUCAUGGGUAUUCUUAAUCUAACCCCAGAUAGUUUUAGUGAUGGUGGAAAGUUUGUAUCUGUGCAGAAUGCAGUUUCUCAUGUUCGUUCAAUGAUUUCAGGAGGAGCAGAUAUAAUAGAUAUUGGUGCACAAUCUACACGACCAAUGGCUUCUAGGAUAUCUGCGGAACAAGAAUUGGAUAGGUUAAUCCCUGUAUUAGAAGCUGUUCUCGAAAUGCCUGAGAUGGAGGAGAAGCUUGUAUCCGUGGAUACUUUCUAUUCAGAUGUUGCAUCAGAGGCCGUAAAUAAAGGAGCUCAUCUCAUAAAUGAUGUAUCUGCCGGGCAGUUAGAUCCUAACAUGCUUAAGAUGGUUGCUAGCCUUGAUGUUCCUUACAUUGCAAUGCACAUGAGGGGAGACCCUACUACAAUGCAAAGUAGUGACAACCUGCAAUACAGUGAUGUUUGUUCACAGGUUGCCUCCGAGUUGUUCUCAAGAGUUAAGGAUGCAGAAUUAUCUGGAGUUCCUGCUUGGAGGAUUAUUCUUGACCCUGGAAUCGGAUUCUCCAAGAAGACUGAACAUAAUUUGGACAUUCUCACCGGUUUACCUGUCAUUCGUUCGGAGAUUGCUAAGCGAAGUUUGGCUGCUUCUCAUGCUCCCCUACUUAUUGGACCAUCGAGAAAGCGAUUUUUAGGUGAAAUUUGCAACCGUCCGGCUGCAGGCGAAAGAGAUCCUGCAACCAUUGCUUCUGUAACUGCUGGGAUUUUCGGAGGGGCGAACAUUGUCAGGGUGCACAAUGUGAGAGACAAUGUAGAUGCUGUGAAAGUUUGUGAUGCAAUGCUGAAAGAGAGGAGCAUUCAAUUAUGAUGCUAGGAAAUGCAAUCUUCUCAGUAAAGCCAUUCUUGCACCCUUCCAAAACCACAGAUUUGUGAGCUAAAGUUUUGAAGACCUCAUAUGAUUUGCUACUCUUUUCUUCUUAAUAAAGAAUGAAUUUAGUUAAACAAUUGUGUACUCGAGAGACAAGAUCUAAUGAAGUUUCCUUGGGUGUUUUUUUUUUUUUUUUU